UAACCCGGAAGUCCGGCUAACCCGGACCGAUUUUAUCAGACAUAUAUUUCAACAAAAAAAAUGUAUUUAAUAUAAUAUUUGAGAGAUAAUGGGUAUUUGUCACGAUACACUCACACUGUGUGAGUGUAUCGUGGUAUUGUCCGCUUCCGUUCUGUAAUCGUUCGUAAAGUUUGUCUACGUAAUGGCAACAAAACGUAAAAAUGUUGUAGUGACAAUGGAAAAUAAACUAGAAGCAUUAGGUAGAAUUGAUAAAGGCGAAUCUUUAAAAACUAUUGCAGCAUCAUAUGGUGUCGGUACAUCUACAGUAUCGGAUUGGAAGAAAAAUAGAACUAAAAUUCAAGAAUUUUGUUUUAAAAUGAUAACAAAACACAGUUUGGACAAUCGGCGCAAAGCUAAUAAAGUGAAAAAUGAGACUCUCGACGACGCUUUGUAUAUGUGGUUUUGUGCGGAAUGCGAACGUGGUUUACCAUUGUCUGGACAAAUUAUUCAAGAAUCAGCACUCAAGCUGAAUAAAAUGUUGCCUGAUUGUGAACCAAAUUUCACUGCGAGUCAAGGUUGGUUGGAUAGAUGGAAAAAACGUCAUGGAAUACUCCAACUAUCUGUAUUUUAUUUAUAAUUUUUACCAUUUUCUCCGGCUAACCCAGAUUUUCGAUAACCCGGAUCGGCCGCGGUCCCGAUUAAUCCGAGUUAACGAGGUUCC